AUGGCUGCGCUUGUCCAGACCUACCCUCAGCAAACUGGUACGGUAACGAUGCUCCAGACGAGGCCGACCGCAGCCAAUAUGAUUCCUAGCCAAGGACAGACGAGCCAUCAAUAUAUGGGAGGAUCAUCCCAAGCUCCCAGAUCCACUUACGGAAGUGGUGCUCCUGCGGGAUACCGUGGAAGUUCUGCCCCCGUUCAGCCAUACGCGUUUACAAGCACCCCGACUUUGAAUCGCAACCAGUCAUGGCAGCAGCAAACGCAACAGAAUGCCCGAAGCCACAACGCCAAUGCUAGCUACGGUAACCGUCAAUAUAGCUCAUCGAUGACGAACUUGGCAUACAACCCUAUGGGCGUCGGACAGACCGGUUCUCGUGAUGAUACCGCGAUACCUCCUGCUCGCAACAUUGUACCUGCCCCUCGACCACAGUCCGCCUAUCUUGCUGGCUCUUCCCAGCAGUCAUUUGCCCCCUCGAGCUCGACAAAGGCUGCCCCUGAUAGGUACAGGCGGAUGGCCAACCCUCAACAGACCCAGAAUCUGCACGGCCGCUCCCAGAGCACAGGUCUCCCUCCAAACAACGGAAUGUUGCCCGCGGUUCAGAUGUACAACGGGCCCAACCCCCAACGUUCUGCUGUGCCAAACCGACCCAACAGCUUCUACGGAGCAAUGCCGGGAACGUCGAUGGAUGAUAUGCACGUCUACCCGCAAUCACUCGCAGACGACGCGAAGCGAUUGCGACGACGAAGCAUGCACAGCAAAGAUUACGCAGAGCUUUCCAAGCCGAACGUUCCGCCCAAGACUGAGAAGUCGGGUGACAAAGACGGCAGGACGCUGCGAGUCGUAUCUAGCCCUACCCCCCGCUCUCGUAGUGGAAGCUCUGAGAGUGUUGUAUCAAGCCGCAGCAGCAAUUCUCGACCAUCCUCGUCUGCCAACCGCAAUGUAUCGGCCCCCACUGCCAACCCCUCUUCCCUAUCUGACGAAAUCACUUCUAAGCAAGAUCACGCCAAGUCGGUCAGCGUCCCACCACGAGGCUCAUCCUCCGAUGCGAUCAAACGCACAACCAACCCCUCACCUCUGUCUAGGCCCGCCACUAUGGCCACUGAUGUCGCAGAAGACGCCGAAUCCCCAUCCAACCAAAACAUCCCCUCAGGCACCGGUGGUAACCUUGAGUCACCAGCGGCUAGGCAGCUGGCUGCCAUUAAUCAAAAGGGUCGCAAGGCAAAGAGCAAGACUUCCAGGCUGCGACGUGCCUUCUCUUUUGGGAGUGCGGCUGAUUUCCGCAAGGCUGCGGGCCCUGAGCUCGAUGGCGCUGACAAGGGCGAGCCAGGGAAGCUUCAUAAGGAGCCAACUGAUGAUGAGGCAUAUGAUGCUGAGCAAGCCCGGAUUGCUGAACAGCAAGAGGCAUCUGGGCUCGGACAUAGCAUCUAUGGCGGACGAUUUUUUGGUGGCUCAACCGACAACUUGUCAAUCUCAUCCACUGCUUCCUCGGCGUCUAUUAUGAUCCGCAAGAUGGGCCGUGGAAUGAAGAAGAGCACCCGAUCGCUCGUCGGGCUCUUCCGCCCCAAGUCAGUUAUCGGCGUGGCACCUGCUGAUGGACCCAUCCCGGAAGCCAGCCAAGCCGCCGUAUCGAUGGUCAACGCUGAGGCGGAGACUCAGCGCGUCAAUGUCGCGGCAGAGCCCCAGGCUGAGGAGACUUUCCCACACCUGGAGCGAAACUCCAUUGAUACCAACCUCGGCGCUGAGAUAGCUGAGCGCCUGGGAAGCUCUGGGACAGAUAACUCCAACUCGCGGAAGAGUAUUGUCGGAAGCGAUAAGGACCGCGCCGAAGUGCUUGCUGCAGUCCGCAAGGGCAUCCUGAAACGUCCAGGCUCUUCUAGCCCCUCUACCCGUCCUGCAGAUGUGUCACCCGAACUGGACCUUCCUAGCAUCCCUGCUAUCAAUGACUCUCCCAACUCCAGUGCCCCCAGCACGCCGAAUGACGAGGCACAGGGUCAUCGCAGAACCGGAUCGAUUGCUAUCGGCAGCGAAGACUACUUUAUGACGGCUCUCAGGUUGCGCCAGGAUACCAAGAGCGCCCCCAACACACCCCAAGGGACAGUCAAGCGAAACGCGACAUUUUCGCCCCGCCUUAUCUUCUAUGAUACUUGGCCAAGCCAAGAGUACGACCGUCGCGGCGAAGUUUCCGCGUGCAACCGCAUGACGCCCAUGCUGGCACAGCAAAUCAAGGAGGAGUUGAACACCUUUAAGAUGGAGAUGGAGGUGCACGAGACUUCGAAGAUCUACACCCACUUUUUCUGA